CCCUGGGGAUCGAUGCCCCUCUCGAUCGCUUCUCUGAGGGAAGAGCUCUCCAACACCUCCGAGUGUUGUCCCAGGAGAUUGGCAGCCGCCAAAGUUUCUUUUACUCCGUCGUCCGUUUGGUUGCUGAGAAAGUGUGGGCAAAGCAAAGAAAAUGAAAGCGUGUGACUUUGUUAAUGGUUUUUCAUCAUUAUGGCGGUUCCCACGGAAUUAUGUGUAGUGGUUUAUCUAGUUGGGUUGACUUUUCCCAAUUUCUUUAUUUUUGUUUUCAUUUUUUUUGAACGAUAUGAUCUGAAUAUGGUGGACUUAGAAUCUCAGUUUUUUUUUCCGUCUUUCCGAUGGAAAGAUAUUUAUCUCAGGAACAUCGGAUUAGUAGCUGGGAACGGUAGGGAAGGAAAAAAAUUUGAAAUUCGAAAAUUCAGUAUUAAGGACCGGAGAAAACAAAAAAAAUCUGCUUAUUUAAGUUGAAUACCAGUAUUUAGCUUAUUUAAGUCUGUUUUUUAGUUUGUUUUAUUUCUAUGUUUUAUAUUUUGGAAGACAAAAGCAAAAAAUUAUUGAUCUAUUUUCUCUGCUUCUGUUAUAUCGGCAACCAUACAGAGUUAAACUUAAACACCCAUAUGGAGGAAGGUUUGUGCUUUUUUGUUUCAAUUAUUUAUAGUAUGGUUGUUGCUAGGAAGGGAGUCCGGGUUUGAAAGAAGCUGCUCGGUAUAUUAAAGCACAAUUGGAAGUGUUGAAGGAGAGAGCUGGCUCCAAUAUUAGGUUGGAUUGAGAUUGAGGAAACUAUUGUUGAUGGCUCCUUCAACAUGAUAUUUUUAGGAUAUAGCAUAUCUUUGGGGUAUAGAAAUCAUACAAAUGUUAUCAUGAGGAUAUCAUCUGUAAAUUCGCAAGAGACUGAUCCAUCAGUUUUAUUGAAUGGCCAUUUUGAUAGUCCGCUUGGUUCUCCGGGUGCUGGUGAUUGUGGUUCAUGUGUUGCAUCAAUGCUUGAAAUGGCAAGACUUACUGUUGACUCUGGCUGGGUCCCCCCUCGUCCCAUUAUUUUUCUUUUUAAUGGCGCUGAAGAACUUUUUCUGUUGGGUGCACAUGGAUUCAUGAAGACACAUAAAUGGAGUGAUACAAUUGGAGCUUUUAUAAAUAUUGAAGCAUCUGGGACGGGAGGUCUUGAUUUAGUCUGCCAAUCUGGACCUGGGUCUUGGCCUUCCCUUGUAUAUGCUCAGUCUGCAGUAUACCCCAUGGCACAUAGUGCAGCUCAGGAUGUUUUCCCUGUGAUUCCUGGAGAUACAGAUUAUAGAAUAUUUGCUGAAGAUUACGGUGACAUUCCUGGGCUGGAUAUUAUAUUUCUUCUUGGUGGUUAUUUUUAUCAUACCUCCUAUGAUACAAUGGAGAGACUAUUACCUGGAAGCAUUCAAGCGCGUGGAGAAAAUUUGUUAAGCAUAACAAGGGCUUUUGCUAAUUCCUCUAAGUUAUUGAAUGCUCAUGAACGAGAAUCUCUUAAAGUUGCUGCCAAUGAACCCAAGGAUGAGCGAGCUGUUUUCUUUGAUUAUUUAGCAUGGUUCAUGAUAUUCUACUCAAGAAGGGCAGCUGUGGUGCUUCAUACUAUUCCAAUUGCUAUCUUCCUUCUUAUGCCAUUUCUUCUGUUUGUAUUGAAUAUCGGAAAACGUACUUGGUUUUCAACAUUCUGUGACUUUUUUAAAGGGUUACUGCUCCAUAUUAUUGGAGUUGUGCUGGCAGUUGUCGUUCCAAUUGUCUUUGCCAUCCUGAGAUUGUUGUUUUCUAAUCAUGCAAUGAGCUGGUUUGCUCGCCCUUACCUUGCUUUCAUGAUGUUUAUUCCCUGCUCACUUGUUGGUGUUUUGAUUCCAAGAGUUGUUUGGAGAAGUGUUCCCCUCACACAUGGUGUUUCACGUCUUCAAGCGUCGAAGGAGGGACUAUCUGAUGAUCCAAGGUUCUGGGGGGUGUUUGGGUUUUAUGCUCUCUUGACAUUGGCCUAUCUUGUAGCUGGAUUGAGUGGAGGUUUCUUGACUUUUUCUCUGUCAGUUUCUAUGCUUGCUGCAUGGAUCUCAUUUCACUUUGCAGUCAAGCUUUUUGAUUGUCAAUCACUUAGAUCAGCAAUGUGCUACGUGUUACCUCUAAUACCCUGCAUCACGUACUCUGUCUACUUUGGUGGGUUUCUUGCCCAAUUCUUGAUUGAGAAGAUGGGUAUGAUGGGUUCUAUCCCACCCCCCUAUGGAUAUUUCAUUCCGGAUAUUAUAGUGGCAGCAGUAAUAGGAUUAGUAACCAGUUGGUGUGUGGGCCCGCUAAUACCUAUUUGUGGUCACUGGCUUGCCAGAUCAUCCAUCUUGAAAUUCUUGUUGCAGCUUAGUGUGCUUGCCUUGGCUCUGUCAUCGCAGUUCUUUCCUUAUAGCAUUGCUGCUCCUAAGAGGGUUGUUUUUCAGCAUACAUUCCUAACUGCAGAUGCAAGUCGGGUAGUAGGCUCCAGUUAUGAUUUUUCUGUGGUUGAUUCCAAUUCUUUGCCUUUUCUUUUUGAACAUGCCCCCGAAGUGGCAAAGGAACUAAACAUGGGUUCAGAGUUGUCAUUUAAAGCCACUAAGGACUCUCCUCGACAGACUUGGAUGGUGCUCUUUCCAGUAUCUUUCUUAUUUUCAGGAAGCUUGAAGUUCCCUGCAAGAAGUGAUGAUAUGUUGAAACACUACAGCUCUUUUCCCCAUUUGUCUGCUUAUAAGCCACAUACCCUUUAUGAUGGGGGAUCUCGUAGGGUUCAUUUAGAAUUUUACUUAGGUUCUUUAGAGGAGGUUUGGGUUUCAGUCCUUAACAUUACUGGUCCUUUAUCCAGUUGGUCAUUUGCAGAUAAUGUACUUCCUGCUCCUGAAUCACGUGGUGGUGGUCCACCUUCAUACAUUUGUAGACUCAGUGGAGCUAGCCAUGAGAAUUGGACCUUCUGGUUGGAGGCUAGCAGUUCUGAAGAGAUAAGGGUGGAAGUUGCUGUAUUAGAUCAAUAUAUGGUGGAUGCAGCAAAGAAGUUAAAGGGCCUUUUUCCGAGCUGGGUGGAUGUUACUGCUUAUUCAAGCUUUUUGUCUAGUUAUGUCUUCUAAGCCUCCAUUCACACAGGUUUUUUCAGGUAACCUCGCAAAAAUAAAAAGGUGACCUCUGCUUUUAUUGUGAGCAACAGCUUUUCCAUGAGACGAUACAAUAUUAGCAAUGUGAUUUGAUUUGAAUCUC